GAUGUGAGCGGCUCUCCGGCUCCCGGCGGCAAGGGGCGAGCGACGAGCCGCGAGCGCCGAUCGGCGAGCGGCGGGCUGCGAUUGCGGGCAGGCGAGGCCAGCGGACGCCGAGGGCGGCCAGGCUGUGGGCCGCGGGAUGAGGAAGCGGGCCGAGCCCGGCAGCUUGGAGCAUGAGCGCUGCGCCGCCGCGGGCUCGUCUUCCUCCGGCUCGGCCGCCGCGGCGCUGGACGCCGACUGCCGCCUGAAGCGGAACCUGCGCCUGGCGGGCCCGGGGUCGGCGGAGCCGCGCAGCGCGCCGGACGCGGACAUGAAGCGGGCGAUGGGCAGGCGGAAGGGGCUGUGGUUCCGACUGAGGAAGGUGCUGCUUUGUGUCCUAGGGCUGUACAUCGCCAUUCCUUUCCUCGUCAGGCUGUGUCCUGGGAUACAGGCCAAACUGAUUUUCCUGAAUUUCGUGAGGGUUCCCUUCUUCAUUGACUUGAAAAAGCCGCAGGAGCAAGGUUUGAAUCACACCUGCAAUUACUACCUCCAGCCCGAGGAAGAUGUGACGAUUGGAGUCUGGCACACCAUCCCUGCUGCCUGGUGGAAGAACGCCCAAGGGAAGGACCAGAUGUGGUACGAGGAUGCCUUGGCUUCUAGCCACCCCAUCAUUCUCUACCUUCACGGGAAUGCAGGUACCAGAGGUGGUGACCACCGAGUGGAGCUCUAUAAGGUGCUGAGUUCCCUUGGUUACCAUGUGGUCACCUUUGACUACAGAGGUUGGGGCGACUCCAUAGGAACGCCGUCAGAGCGGGGCAUGACCUACGAUGCACUCCAUGUUUUUGACUGGAUCAAAGCAAGGAGUGGCGAUAACCCCGUGUAUAUCUGGGGCCAUUCCCUGGGCACUGGAGUGGCGACCAAUCUGGUGCGGCGGCUGUGUGAGCGAGAGACACCUCCAGAUGCCCUUAUAUUGGAAUCUCCAUUCACUAAUAUUCGAGAAGAAGCAAAGAGCCAUCCAUUUUCAGUGGUGUAUCGGUACUUCCCUGGGUUUGACUGGUUCUUCCUUGACCCCAUCACAAGCAGUGGAAUUAAAUUUGCAAAUGAUGAAAAUGUGAAGCACAUUUCCUGCCCCUUGCUUAUCCUGCACGCAGAGGACGACCCAGUCGUGCCCUUCCAGCUCGGCAGAAAGCUCUACAACAUUGCUGCACCAUCACGAAGCUUCCGCGACUUCAAAGUCCAGUUUGUCCCCUUUCACUCGGACCUCGGCUACAGGCACAAGUACAUCUAUAAGAGCCCCGAGCUGCCCCGCAUACUGAGGGAGUUCCUGGGGAAGUCGGAAUCUGAGCGCCAACACUGAACCACCGUGGCCCGCCCGAGGAGCAUGAAGAUGGGACCGCUGCCUCCCCGCCCCUCCGGCAGCAGAGGCGCUGGCACAGGGGACCCACGCCACUGAGAGGGACCGCAAGCGGGGGGCGAGCAGUGCUCGCUGUAUUGCCGGUGUCAACGUGGAGACCCUGUCUUCCACCCCAAGUGCUGGACGCACCCUGCCGCUCGGCCCUCUGGCUACAGGCGCUUGCCUGCACGGCCCGGGGCCGCAUCCCUGUCCUAUCUGCCCAUCUGCCCACCCUGGCGUAGACCGAGCAGUUAUUUAAGAAUAAAAUUGUGGUGGUGGUCUGUCCUUCUCUGCUAAACGAGGGGUCAGACAAGCUGGCA